CGUGUCUAGUCUAGCUGAAGUUGCGUAACUUAGAUCGAUUUCUCCCCCCCGCCCAGUGUAGACCAGGCCUAAUAAAUAUUGUAAUGGGCCAUAAAAACAGUAUUUCUUUAAGAGUGAACCUCUUUUGCAGUCUGUCCCAACUUGUUUUUAGCUUGGACGCGCUAAUUAACUGCUGCAGACCUGAGUAAGAACUUGGUGCAGCUCAGAAGCUUGUCCCUUCCACCAACAUAAGUUGAUCCAAUAAAACAUAUUACCUCACCUACCUUGUCUGAGCCAUAUCCAGAGUCCAACAUGGCAACAGCAAUGCUGUGAAUAGUAAUUGUAAUGUAGCGGUAAUGUCGUCUCCCUAGUAGAAAAUAGGCACAGUAUCGUUUAAGUUGAAGCUGAACCUUUGACUCACCAAUGUUUGGGUAUUUUUUCAAAUAGGCAAACUGAGUCUGGCCCUCCCUCCUUUCAUUCCUGUUCUCUUCCCAUUUCCAGGUAUUCUUUUCAGCAAUGGGGAGCAGUGGAAGCAGCUCCGUCGAUUUGUCCUCACUAAUCUGAGAAAUUUUGGGAUGGGGAAGAAAAGCAUUGAGGAACGUAUCCAGGAGGAAACUUGUUUUCUGAUGGAAAGGCUCAGAAACACACACGGGCGGCCCUUUGACCCCACCCUCUUCCUCACCCACGCACUCUCCAAUGUCAUCUGCUCCAUCGUCUUUGGGGACCGGUUUGACUAUGAAGAUAAGGAGUUUGUUACUUUAAUUAGUCUUGUACAGGAAAAUGACAAGCUCCUGCGCUCUCCUUGGACAGCGCUGUACUCUUUUUUCCCAACUCUCAUGGCUUACAUCCCUGGGCCUCACCGGAGGAUAUUUAAAAAUGCUCAGGAGUUCAGAAGACUUGUUCUGGAGAGAGUGAAGAUGCACAAAGAGUCUCUGGAUCCCAACUACCCUCAAGACUUUAUCGAUGCUUUCCUCGUCAAACUGGAACAGGAGCAAAAGAAUGUCCAGUCAGAAUUUAAUGUGGAAAGUUUGGCACGAAGCACAAUAGAGUUAUUUGUCGGUGGAACAGGGACAACCAGCAUCACUCUGAAAUAUGGACUCCUGAUUCUUCUGAAAUACCCAGAAAUAGAAGAGAAAGUUCACGAAGAGAUUGACCGUGUGAUUGGCCGAAGCCGAAGCCCCUGCAUGGCGGAUCGAAGCCAGAUGCCCUACACAAAUGCUGUGGUACAUGAAAUCCAGAGAUUCAUCGCUCUUGUCCCAUUAGGUGUCCCACGUGCUGUGACUAGAGAAGUUCAUCUCAAACAGUAUGUUAUUCCCAAGGGGACAACAAUAUUCCCUGCACUGAAGUCAGUUCUAUAUGACAGCAGGGAAUUUCCAAACCCAGAGCAAUUUAACCCGGGACAUUUCUUGGAUGAAAAUGGUGCCUUUAAGAAGAGUGACUACUUCGUGCCUUUUUCUGCAGGGAAACGGAUUUGCGUGGGAGAGGGUCUGGCUCGGAUGGAGUUCUUCUUGGUACUGAUCAUGAUUUUGCAGAACUUUACCUUGAAACCUGUCGUUGACGCCAAAGACAUUGAUAUAACUCCCGAGUCGAGCUUCAUGUCAAAUGCACCAAAAUCAUACCAGCUCUAUGUUCUUCCUCGUUAAAGACAAUGAAAAAUCACCUCAGUACCUUAGACCUGUGCAUUAAUCUGAUUGUCUUUGAUUAUGGACUCAUUAACACAGUGACAGAAAUGAACUCAUUGUCUUCAAAGAGAAAGAUCAACUACUAGUUUUUUAUGUAACUUCAAUUUAACAAAAUUAUGUGUAGUAUCAAAAAUUAACCAUACAAUUGACUCAAAAGCCAUGUAGAAUAACUGUGUACUGUUCUCAGACAGGCUCAGGUGUGAACAGAAGCUGGGUAUGUUUUCAGUUCAUUUGUGGUGUAGCUGACAAUUAUAGAAACUUCUUUAGGCAGAUGUAAGGCUUCUUUAUUGACAAGGAGUUAGUAACUGUGUCCAGCCCUUGAGCUCUGACCAGCCAAUGAG